AUGGCGUCACUCCCACGGGCCCUUCGCGCCCUGCGAUCUCCCACCGUCACACCCUCACGCUCUCUCGUACGCCCCCUCACACCAUCUAUCUUCCCUCCCUGUCGACACCUCUCUCCCCGCCGGUUCGUCCAUCCCGGUAGAUUCCAACCCUUCGUCCCCCCCUCCCCGAGCUCCCUCGGCCGACCCGUCCCCGCCAAGAGCUACACCCGCACCCGGAGAUGGCUGCGCCGUCUGUUCUAUCUCUCCCUCGCCACGGGCACCGUCUACCUAGUCGACACCCACUUCUACGCCGCGGCGGUCACCCGUACCGUGCGCACCUUUGCGCUGGGCAUCUUCGUCGCCCUCGACUAUAAGAUCAACUUCCGCCCCGAGCCUCUACUGGCCGCCUCCAUCAAUGCGUUACACACGCGCAACGCCGAACGGCUGUCGGACUUGCUACGUCAGAAUGGUGGACUCUACCUGAAGAUCGGCCAGGCCAUCGCCAUGCAGUCCGCCAUCCUCCCCCCGGAGUUCCAGCGCAUGUUCGCUCGCAUGUUCGACGACGCCCCCCAGAACGACUGGAAGGACGUCGAGGCCGUCAUUCGCGAGGACUUUGGCCGCUCCGCCGAGGAGGUCUUCGGCGUCUCCUUCCAAGGCGACCCAGACAAAGGACUCAUGGAACGGCGCGCCCGCGCCAGCGCCAGCGUCGCCCAGGUGCACUGGGCGCGUCUCGCCGACGGCCGCGAGGUCGCCAUCAAGAUCCAGAAGCGCGAGAUCGCCAAGCAGCUGGAGUGGGAUCUCUGGGCCUUCAAGGUUGUCACCUGGAUCUACAGCCGCAUCUUCGACAUCCCCUUCUACAGUCUUGUCCCCUACGUCAGCGAGCGCCUCUCCCUCGAGACCGACUUUGAGAACGAGGCCGACAACUCCGAGACCAUGGCCCGCCUCGUCGCCGGCGAGCCCCGCCUCCGCGGCCGCGUCUACAUCCCCAAUGUCUACCGCGAGCUCAGCUCCAAGCGCGUCAUGACCGCCGAGUGGAUCGAGGGCGUCCGUCUCUGGGACAAGGACGCCCUCACGCGGUCCUGGCGUGGCGGCUGGCACCGCGGCAGCCCAGGGUGCGGCGGGACGCCCCUCGACGACUCCCCCUCACCCACCACCGCACGCAGCCCCACCGGCACCCAGCUCGAUCACGACCAGCUCAAACCCGACCGUGACGCCUGGCGCGGCCCCUCCCGCCGCGGCGGCCUCGGAGUGUCCCUCAAAGACGUCAUGACGACCAUGGUCGACCUGUUCUCCGCCCAGAUGUUCCUCUGGGGCAUCGUGCACUGCGACCCCCACCCAGGCAACAUCUUCGUCCGCCGCCAACCCUCAGGCCGCGCCGAGCUCGUCCUCAUCGACCACGGCCUCUACAUCCACAUGGACACGCCCUUCCGGCACCAAUACGCCCGCUUCUGGAAAGCGCUCCUCACAUUCGACAACACAACCCUCAACGAAAUCGUCCACCAAUGGGGCGUCACCAACCCCGACAUCUUCGCCUCCGCAACCCUCAUGCGCCCCUACCGCGGCGGCGACCUCUCCACAGCCCAACACUUCGAGAACCUCUCCCAACACGACCACGCCCGCCGCCACUACGAAAUGCAACAAGCCGCCCGCCGCUCCAUCCGCCAAAUCCUCGGCGACGAGUCCAAGUGGCCGCACGCGCUGAUCUUCAUCGGCCGCAACCUGCGCAUCGUCCAAGCCAACAACCAAUUCCUCGGCUCCCCCGUCAACCGCGUCAAGAUAACAGGCACAUGGGCGAGCCGCGCCCUCGUCGAAAGCCCGGACCUGCCCACCGGGGAGAAAAUGCGGAAUUUCGCCCGCCACAUCCUGUUCAAGGUGGUGCUGUUCUCGUCGGACUUGUUCUUCUGGUUCACGAAGAUAAGGCAGUUUUUGCAUCUGGGCGGCGGCAUGGAGGAUAGUCUUGAGGAGCAGAUGAGGGGCAUGGCGAAGGAUAUGGGGGUUGAGUUGACGCAGAAUGUUUUUGAGGGGUGA